UGCCCUUGGUAUCUUUACCGGUACAACGGCGCACUUAAGCUUUGUUGCAUUGGAGUAAGCAUUGGGUUGUUGUGAUGACCAGUCGGGCGAGAGAAAUCUUCAGCAGAGGAUCGAAGAAUCCAGGUUAAGAAACCCAGCAAGCACUCUCUCAUUCACUCACGGAUUGAAUGUACGAGACCUCUAACUAAGACCAACAAGCACCAAGACAUUGCGUUUCACUCAGGCUUCUUCAGCUUCCUCAGAUGCAGACACACCCAGCAGCAGUCCAUAAUUCUCAGUCAAAAAAUACCAGAUGAGAAGUGACCGGGGCAACAGCAAGAAUCCAACUGAAUCGUUAUUGUCCGGCGGGCGUUCUUCGAUCCCACAUGCACAGUUCUCCAUCAAUAUCCAAUGUUUGAGCGACGAACGAGCUAAUCAUUUCGAUGUGUGAAAAUGUUGCGAAAGAGCCGGGUGAUCCUUUUGGCCAUUUGUUUAAUGGCUGCCGGCCUCUUUGUCAUAAGAAACUUGGGCCAGAAUGGACUGAAACCUCGGGCACUCGAACCGACUUCAAGCUCGGAUACCGGUGACUCGAUUCGUGUCAAGAUCGACCGCAGUCUCAUGACCGAGUCGGACUUGGAAGAAUUGACUCAAAUCAAAAGCUGUCCCGUGUGUUUUGGUGAGGAUUUGUGCCCCGAGCUCGCGGGGACCGACUUGGAGGUGAGGAAUGUUCUCUACACUCCCGAGGAUGUCCUUCCUCCUGUGUAUCAGGUGUACAAAGGCUUGGAUGUCAAGUAUUGGAUCCGCCCAGCCUCGUCUAAUGGUCAUGUUCUCACCUCUCUGGCUAGUUUGGACCAGGCGGUGUGUCAAAAUGCUUCGGUAUUCACGGAGGGAGAACCCAAUGCCAAAAACUGCCAUGUUGGCUUGACGGCUUCUAACAGUUUUCUUUAUUCAUUCAUAUUGAAUGAGAAAUCGCUCCGUAACUUGUACAAAACUCAUUUGUCAUCUCGCCAUUGGGUGCCCAUGACGGCAUGUCCAUCUUACAAACUCAUGGAUGGCUUGGUCCAAAGUUUCGACGAAAACCGGGAUCACACUUUGACGGCCAAAGAGAAGGCCAUGCUCAUCACAUCCAUCUCGACCAAUCCGGAUUUAGUUGCCUACAAACUCAUUGUCAAUCAACAAAUCCGGAUUCCCCAUCUGAAUCUUUAUGGAUCAUGCGGGAGAGUGACUCUCAUCGAGGGUGAAUUUCGGCCUUUAUCCAAGUUCCUGGAUCAUUCUUUAGAAUUGCGCAAAGGAUUAGCGGCUCAACUUCUCGCCAUGAUAGAUACGUUUCUGAACGAAGACCCAAACUGGGUCCUUUUCAUGACGGAAAUCACCAUGGACAAUUUGGUGGUCACCAAAAGUGGUGAAGUGGCCUUCUUGGAUUUCUCCAGACUCAUGUUCAUUGAUCGAGACUUCUUAGACGAAGAUUUUAAGGCUGAGAGGAAGAAAUGCGAUUUCGAUUGCUUAGAGGCCUUUCAAACGGCCCUAAUUCAAUCCGAAGAGACCACUCCAUGCUAUCAAAUCCGACCUUAUCUUGAGUAUAUGUAUGCACUCGUUUGCCGCAAUAUUCUAAGCGACGCUGAUAUCGAUCGAAAGUCCAGGUUCAAACAGGACCAGCGAGGACUUUUGCACAACGUUCAUACUAAUGAGGAAGAUCAUGAGAUCAAAAGCUUGAUCCGAGAGUGUGUGGACGAGAGUGAACUCGGGGGCCGGGUUACAGCCUUCAUGAAUCUCCAAGAACUUAUGCAAGUCGUUUUCAAAGAAGACGACCUAGACGAUGAGAGCGACGACCGAGGAGAUGACCAAGGUGACUACGACGAAGGCAACGUUGUUCACAUCAAAGAGGUUGAUAAUAUUGAUGGGUCGGUAUCAAAUCCCGCCGCUUUAGACAAGGCCGAAAAAGCUAUUGAACUGGAAAAACAAGCUCUCGAGCGCCUUGAUCCCGUGGAACCAAUUCAAUACACUCCGCCACCAGGAGAAAUUAACAUCGCCUAACGGACUCUUUGCUGAUGUUUCAAAGUUAUUCGCUGACUUUGGCCCAGGCUGUGACAGGAUUUUUCUCUAACCAUUAUCAUAUUAAAUUCGAAUGUCGGUCAUAAAACUUGAA